GUUUGGUGCAAUAGUUGGUCACUCACAGUGCAAUGAAGGUAUCGUACGAUCUCCAGGUGCUAACCAUCUCGUAGGACAUCGUGCCUUCCGGACCUCCGACCUUCGACCAACCCACGCCACCGGAACAAGUCCAAACCUUGCUCUCCUGCACGUCGUCCAUCUACUUCAGUUGACACGAUUGGCGGGGUUGUACUUGCUCGAAGGGAUGGCAGCAACCCGGAACCAUGUUCUCCUCGCUUGCGACGGUGCUAGAUGAGCGCUUUGGCGCCGGCCUCGAGGCUGCACGGGCCAUCUUCUGGUAUUCGCACCAAAUUUGUGCAUCCUCAUUAGGGCUUGACACAGCCGACGCACGUACCUGUCGCGUACACGAGGUGUCCGCCUGGCUCAGACAUCUCUUCGCUCUGUCUCACAGCGUCCCUCCUCUCUGGCUACACCAUGGCUGCCUACCUCGCGUCCUACUGCCCUGCGACUCUGUACGCCGGAGAAUGCACCACGCAAGGUUGCAAACUCCAGCACGAUGUCAAGCUCUGCGAGACCUGUGGUGUCAUCUGUGCUCCUCGGGGAAUCUACAGAAGCCACAUUCGAGGCAGACGGCACCGCGAACUCACCGCGAACGCAGACAACAUCGUCACGUACCCAUUUUGUCUCAUAUGCGAGAGGAAUCUCGACAACAAUAACAAUUGGAAAGCGCACAUAUCCAGUGCUAGCCAUCGAAAGGCAGCGUCCCGCCAAGGUCUCUCUGCGAAUGUAGAGCUACCGACCGCUGCACAGCUCGCUCAUCGCGCCCAGCAUUGUCCGCUGUGCAAUGUGACUGUGCUCAAGGACCGUUGGCCUCAGCACCUCGGCAACGCGGAACACAAGAAGCGAGAAGCCAUCGCGGCUCACAAAGGCGCUUUCGAGCAAGCAGAGCAAGACAAGGAAGGCGUCGCGGUCGUUCCCGACGGCGACAUUGAUUUCGGAGUUAUCAAGCCAGACGAGUCGAGACAAGGUGUCCACAAAGUCGUAGUCAUUCAUCUGUCUGCUGGCUCGCCCAGCGCCAUUGUGGAGAAAGUGACUGUCUUCGAUCGAGCAAAUCGAGUAUCAUCAUCGUUUCAAGCGCAGCUUGCAGGCGACGGCCGUCUCGUUGAUGGUCAGGAUGUCCAGCUCAGACUGUCGCUCGUUCAGGCGAACUAUGGGCAGUACGAUAGUCAUCUCGAGCUGCGUUUCCGCAGACACAGCUCCAAUCGACAAUUCGUCAUCGUUCGAUCUGUCCACGCCGUCGUAGGCGACCACGGUGACCGCGAGCUCCUGAAGGCGGCUACACCAUACGUAGCCAAAAAGCGCGUCCCGUGGAGGAACGGCCAGAGCUACUAUCCGGGACGUCGUCCACCAGCGUUGGAUGCGGUCCCUUGGGUUCGUAAGUUGAAGAUGUACCCUAUCCCACCAGCGCUCGCAGCAGCGUUCCGGGAUACAUCGGCAGAUGAUCUCACUCAAAUCAUCCGGACGAGAUUCUUGCCGAAAGCAUUCAACACCUCUACGCACGUUAUCCACUUCAGGACACUUCUGUGGACAGAAGAGUGGCGUAUGGAGAAUGAUUUACGUCGUUACGACAUAGAGGGCGUGACAUUCGUGAAGGAUGGGGCGUUCUACUAACUCGCUGAGAAACGGCCGAGCGUCGUGAUCGGUGACACGAUCGAAGUGCAAUCUUCGGGAGCAGGCCCUGAGGGUCGAUGCUUCCAAGGGUUCGUGCAUGACGUACGUCUCAGCGAUGUCGGCAUCGACUUUCACGCGUCCUUCAAGCCAGCACAAGGGGCACGUUUUAACGUCCGAUUCAAGCUUAAUCGCAUACCGUUGCGACGGCAGCAUGAGGCUCUAGGGGUGUUGCCGCUUCCAAGUGAUCGUGUCUUGUUUCCGACAACUGCUCACAUAGGGACAAGAUUGGAGACCCAUACUACCCUGUCUCUGUACAAUCCGUCAAUCGCAAACAACGCUCCGCAACUUCAAGCACUCCGUUUGAUUCUGCAGCGGUCAACGGAGCUCGCACCCUUCAU